GGGCAGCCCAGCGCCGGCAGCAGCGGCGUGGUCGAGGUUUACAGUGCUCCUGCUCCUCUGGCGGCAACCAGCACGGUGGAGAUCCAAACGCUGGGGAUGCAGCCCUACCCGCCCAUGGAGGUACCAAGCCAGUGUGUGCAGAGUCCCGUGUACCCUUCUCCUCCUGUGUACAGCCCUGGGAAACAAGGCUUCAAAUCCAAGAGCACCAGCGCUCCCACACCUUUGAGCAGCGCGGGAGGAGGCAGCGUGGUUGGUUUUGACUCCACUGCCGCUGCCAAAAGUCGACGCUGCAAAAACGAGAGCGGGCUGCAGGAAGGCAAACUCAAGUCUCCCAAGCUGAAAUGCACUUACUGUGACAAGGCCUUUACCAAGAACUUCGACCUGCAGCAGCACAUCAGAAGUCACACAGGUGAGAAGCCCUUCCAGUGCAUUGUGUGUGGUCGAGCCUUUGCCCAGAAGUCCAACGUGAAGAAACACAUGCAAACCCAUAAAGUGUGGCCUCCAGGGCUGGGGUGCACUAUCUCCCGCAACUCCAUCACGGUGCAGGUCAUGGCCUUGAAUCCCAACCAGCCAGAGGAUGAGGAGAACACAGGUUUGACUCAGCCCUCAAGGACUCCUGCACCACCGCCCCAAGACAUGAGCCCCUUGGAUGAGAGCGAGGCGGGCAAACUGGAAGCCAAGCAGGUUGUCCUGAUCGAUAGCUCUUACCAGUGCCAGUUCUGCCCCAGCAAAUUCAACACCUAUUUCCAGCUCAAAUCCCACAUGACGCAGCACAAGAACGAGCAGGUGUACAAAUGUGUGGUGAAGACCUGUGCUCAGACCUUCCAGAAGCUGGAGUCCUUCCUUGAGCACAUCAAGAGCCACCAGGAGGAGCUGAGUUAUCGCUGCCACCUCUGCAGCAAGGACUUCCCUUCCCUGUACGAGCUGGGCGUCCACCAGUAUUCCCACAGCCUGCUGCCCCAGCACAGCCCCAAGAAGGACGUGGCCGUGUACAAAUGUGUGAAGUGUGUAAAUAAAUACUCCACCCCGGAAGCCCUGGAGCACCAUCUGCAGACAGCGACACACAACUUCCCCUGCCCUCACUGCCAGAAGGUGUUCCCCUGCGAGAGGUACCUGCGCCGCCACAUCCCCACGCACGGCGGGGGCAGCAAGUUCAAGUGCCAGAUCUGCAAGAAGUUCUUUCGCCGGGAGCACUACCUCAAGCUGCACGCCCACAUCCACUCGGGUGAAAAACCCUUUAAGUGCUCGGUGUGUGACGCAGCUUUCAAUCGGAAAGACAAACUCAAGCGACAUAUGCUGAUCCAUGAGCCUUUUAAGAAAUACAAAUGUCCCUUCUCAAGCCACACGGGCUGCAAUAAAGAGUUCAACAGGCCUGACAAGCUGAAGGCUCACAUACUGUCCCAUUCAGGGAUGAAGAUCCACAAGUGCCAGUACUGUAACAAGUCCUUCAGCCGACGAGCCCACAUGAUAGAGCAUCAGCGCUCGCACACCGGCAACUACAAAUAUCGCUGCCCCACCUGCAGCAAGGGCUUCACGCGCCACAAGUACAUGAAGGACCACAAGUGCCGGCUGGGCUCGCCCAAGGACAAAGACCUGCAGCUCAGGAAGCCCCAGAAGAAGCGGGUGGCGCGGGGGCGCAAAACGGGCCUUUCCCUCCCCAGCCAGCUGGGUCUGGCAGAACUGAAGGAUGGUGCCGCUGGGGAGAGUCCCCCCGAAGGCGGCCCGAACAAAGAACCGUUCCAGGAGUCGGACGCGGUCCUGUCCAUCGUGGUCGGUGCGUCGGGAGCUGCUGACUCGGACCUUGUCGUUCCUGGGCAGCCCAACAGCAUCGCGUCCGAUUUGGCCCUUGCAGAGCUGCAGACGGCCUCAGAGGGUCCCUGCACCAUGCUGGCUGUCCCCGUUUACAUCCAGACGACGGAGUGACAAUGCGUAGAGCCACUGUGUGGCUGAAGGCUGCUGCUGGGGCUGUCAGACUCGGUGCUGAAAUUUAUCCUGGUGAAAAAGACCAAAGCUCUUGUGGGGAGGUAGAUGGAUAUGGGAGAGAAUGGCUUUCAUCUCCACUUCCCAUCCUUGGGCAGAGGACUGCUUGGAAGCCACCGAUGGCUACAAGGCACUGAAGACAAUGGCUCCAUUGUUUCUUGUCCCUCUGGUCAGCAUAGGGCAAGAAAGACUAAGAUCCCUGAAUCAGGGUAAGAAGAAGGAGCAAACUUGCAACAAACAGAGCUGCUGAAAUCAGGUGGCUUAGCAAAUCACAGCCUGUCCCAUCUGUGGUUUUUCUGGCCUAGAAGCUGUAUUGCCCAGUAUUUGGGUGGCCUUUCCGAGAGCAAACAAUUGAUCCUUCCUAGUGGAAGCAAGUUCAUCCUGAGAUCCUUUGGGAACACUCUUCACAAAUACCCUCCUAGACUUAUCUCUGGUAUCUUUCUCCUCUCUGUCUCUAUCAGUAGAAAGAUCACCUUGUCUGUACUACAUGUGUUAUAAACACCGUGGACCUCA